CACCGCGUCCGAACGCGCUUUCGCGAAAAAAGAUUAACUUUUUUGUGAAUUAAUCACAAACGACCACGACCGCGUCGCGCCGGAAAAUAGAAUGUCCAACGAUACGACGUUCUGUGCAGUUUUCUCUCCGUCGAGUUGAUUGAUUGCCCUGCCCUGCGGCUUUCCACCACCCACAGAUGCGCGCUCACACACGCCCUGCGGACGUGCUGCAUACAUACAUAUGUACUACAACAACAGAGCUGCAGCCCAAUCGCAUCGCGUCUGAUUGAAUCGCAGUCAAGUGUUUUGUUGUUUAGCCGUUCUACGUGGUGCGAAUAGUAUAUGCAAAUCCUAAUUACACUCGCGGAACGAAAGUGAAUGUCGGCGAACACACAAUAAAACGAGGGGGAACGUUGUGAGUUGCUGCGGACACCGCAACUCUACGGUUAUACCCGAUACUAAACACUAUAGGCAAUAUUGACUGCAAUAGAAUAAGGAACUGCUAAGAUUAUAAUGAAGAAAGCUUAAUAGACUAAUAUGUGCUGAAAUAAUUGGAUUACUCGCCAUGCAAAAGGACAUCUAGAGGAGGAAAUUCAACAUAAUUGGCGUGACAACACUCAAGUACUGGAAAGGCUAUAUGGAAAAUCAUCAUACUGGAGGCCUCACUCACUUUAAAGCGCAUUUUUGCUCGCAAAAUUGGAUAAAACACGAAAUCAAAGUCAAUUUUAGCGGCCAUGCGCACGAAACACUUGAUCCUGAUACUGAUCGGGGUGAUAUUCGCAACGAUCGUGUUCAUCGCCGUUGGCCCAGCCGGGGAGCCGAACGAUUCAUUCAAGAACAUCGUGGUCCAGACGCACCAGCAGCUGAAAGAGUUCCAGGCCCGCAAAUAAACUUCAGACACUAUAGGCAAUAUUGACUGCAAUAGAAUAAGGAACUGCUAAGAUUAUAAUGAAGAAAGCUUAAUAGACUAAUGUGCUGAAAUAAUUGGAUUACUCGCCAUGCAAAAGGACAUCUAGAGGAGGAAAUUCAACAUAAUUGGCGUGACAACACUCAAGUACUGGAAAGGCUAUAAGGAAAAUCAUCAUCUUGGAGGCCUCACUCACUUUAAAGCGCAUUUUUGCUCGCAAAAUUGGCUACAACACGAAAUCCAAGUCAAUUUUAGCGGCCAUGCGCACGAAACACUUGAUCCUGAUACUGAUCGGGGUGAUAUUCGCAACGAUCGUGUUCAUCGCCGUUGGCCCAGCCGGGGAGCCGAACGAUUCAUUCAAGAACAUCGUGGUCCAGACGCACCAGCAGCUGAAAGAGUUCCAGGAGAACCUACGCGUGGUCCUGGAGCGGAAGAAGCUCGAAAUAGAUGCCAAGUAUCUGGUGCUGCUUGGAUUCACCGCCUCCAAGGAUGGCUCGCCACAGCAGCAGCAAAAGGAGCUGCAGCAGAAUCAUCAGCAGCUGCCGCAGACGAACCUCCCAGCUCCUGUUACCAAGGCGGAACUGGAGCUCAGCUAUCUGCGUCGCCAGCAUGCACAAGAAGCGGGCGCCAAUGCGCAACACGGCGACGACCAGGAGAGGGAGAGGGAGAAGGAGAUAGGGCAGCACAGGAGGAUCACAACACCUUACAAUGGCACCAAGAGCAACUUCACCAUUGUCACGUACGAGCAGGAGGGUCAGGCGCCAUCGGCCAUACUGCUGGCCCAGAACAUCGCCGUCAAGCUGCCCGGCGAGCUUCUCCUCAUCUACGACCUGGGCGUGUCGGAGGAGCAACUGAAAGCCCUCAACGCCUACUGCAACAUCAGCCGUUGCGCCGUCAUCACCUACGACCUGUCCGAGUUCCCCUCGUUCGUCGCCGACCAGCGGACGCACGCCUACCGGCCCAUUGUGAUAAAAGACGCCCUGCUGCGGGCCCGGUCCGUGCUGUUCGUGGAGAACUACAUGCGGAUGCGCGGCGGCUACCACGAGCUGCAGAAGCUGCAGAGCCGCGGCAUGGUGGCCGGUGUCCUUGGCUGGAACACGCCCACGGCGGUGUCCUCGCUCACCCAUCCCAAGAUGUUCGACUUCUUCGAGUCGGAUGCCGAGGACUUCAUAUUCCUGCGGAUGGUCGAUCUCGAUGUGGUCUUCUUCGUGGACAAUCUGUUUGUCACCGAGAAGAUCAUGCUGCCGUGGCUUAAGUGCUGCCUCACCCAGGAGUGCAUCGAUCCAAUUGGUGCCCAAUCGAACGGCUGCAAGUUCAACAAGAAGCCCCUGUAUCGCUACUCCGGCUGCCAUGGCUACGAUGUAUCCGCCUUCAACAUUGUGCUGGGUCUGACUUGGCGCUGGGACAACUCGAAGUACUCGCUGCCCAGCGACGAUGCCAAGAACAUGUUCUACAAGGAGACCCUGGAGCAGGCAACACGCAUUCUGGAGAGUCGACGUCGCAACAGCAGCGAGACAUCCGAUCAUCCGUUCACGGAGGACUGAGCGCAGGCAGGAGUAUGAUCAGCAUUUGAUAUAACAUUUUAUACGAGCAUCCGCAGACAGACACGCAGACACUCAGGAGACUCAGGAGCCGGUAGAUCAAAGCAAGCUUGAUGGCAAUUUGCAAAACCUUAAACCGAAUAAAAGUCUUUAAUCUAGUUUAUCUAGCACGCAUGCUAGUCCCAUCUUUUCGAUGAUGGGAUCGUGAUCCCUGGGCAACCCCUACACUUGAGAUGCUGGAUACCAUGAUCAGGACCUGAUCAAAGCAGCAGACUCACUCGUGCAGCUUAUCGAUACAACCAACCCCUUUAGUCAAGCCCUAGUUACUUACUAUUUAACUUACUGUUUAACUCACUCGUUUUUCGCUUCGAGGAUCGUUGAACUCCCCUGUUUAGAUAUUUUCUACCACGUAAAUACCCUGUAAAUACAUAAGUAUAUCAAAUGGCAUACAUUUUGUGAUUGUAUUUUAUAGUUACACCCAUACCAAUAACCAUAACUAUACACAUACACGUACACGUACACACAGAUAUACAGUAUAAUUAAAUAAUAAACUUAUUGUAACUACCGUAGGACAAAACGAGCCAAAAAAUUAAGUUUAUAAAAUAUUGAAUUACCAAUAA